GGCAUAUCACGUCUCAACUUGUUUGCAUCAGAACCCUAUAAAGAGUGGACUCCCGACACUUUCAGCCAGUGUUCGCUCAACGCCUCUAGUGUGUGGGUCACUGAGCCACUACCUGUGAAAGCAUACCACUACGCUUCAGGAAGGAAGCAGUGCAAAAUAAUUGUAUGUGCUUUAACAUUUGGAAUUAUAUUGAGAAUACACCACAUAGGUAAAAUAAAAUAAGUAAGAACUUUUAAAAUAGGUCCGGAGAGAGUGAUCGUCACCUUUAAAGCCAGUUCACCGCAACCAACUUUUCCCCGAGAGUAUGUCUGACAAAACACCACCCUACAUCCCGGAAGAUUCGCUUCCUCUAGAGGAAGAGACUGGUUUUCAGCCAUCUAAAGUUGUCAGAGGGAAUUCAUUCUUCUGUCAGUCUCUACUAAGGGAACUGUCGGAGAAUUCACUGAUUUUGCUUUCCAAGAAUAAGGAAACAGACGAAGGGUCAGUCAACAGUCCCAAUUACUCGUCAAAAUGCACAGAAAAUUCAGAUGUUACUCCUGACUUGUUAUGCCAGCUUAUGAGACGGCAAUCUAAUGGCACGAAGACUUCAACAUCCGAAAAAAUGUUUGAUUUACCAAGCAACAAAAGGCUCGGUAAUCUGCCUACAGGUUUAUUAGAGGAAACAUUAAACGAAAUGCCACCAGAUUUCCCAGUGAAAGAGUUCAGUGCAAAUGCAGAUAUUUCAACAGAGGAAUUGGAGGUUUCAUCAAGAAACUCAUGUCAAACCCAGCCUGAUGAUUUCACACAGAAGAUUUCCAGGGACCUGUCAUUUGAAGGAAAAUCUGGAGAUCCACUGGAGGAAAGAACAAAAAUCUCUCCACAGGAAACUGGUAUUGUAGAUCAAGAAAAGCAAUGUACUACUUCACCAGCUAUUAUGACACCAGUAACACGAGACAUACCACUCGAGAAUGCAACAGAAGGAACUAUGACAGAAUCAACAGUAAAAUCAGGGAUUUCACCUAUUGAAGAUGCGUCAGAAGAUCAAGAACCAGAAAAAGUAAUGAUAUCUGAGGCUAAAAUGACCAAAGAAAAAUCUUCAGAUCUUAUUCCUGAUGGAGAAUUAGAAGCUAUAUCAAGGAAUUCGUCAAGUCGAUCUCAACGUGAUGAAUUUUCACUGAAGAGGUCCAAGAACCUAUCAGUUGAGGAAGGAUCAGGGUAUCCAGUAGAGAAGAGACUAAAGGUCUGUCUGCAGGAAACUGAUACAGCAGAGAAGGGAGAGGAAGAUAUAAUGACACCAGUAACACAAGACAUACUGAUCGAUAUUGCAUCAGAAAUGAUCAGUGAAAAAUCUGCUACAACUGAGGAACCACAGAACACACCUCAGACUCUUUCGUCUCAACCUGAGGAACAGCAAACUGCAUUCUGCAGAUGAGGAACAGCAAACUGCAUCUCUGCAGAUGAGGA